GCCGCCACUACAAAAUCAGCCCUCUGGUGAAGGGCGUCGCGGUCCCCGUCCCCGCCCUCUGACACCUGCCGCCGCUAGGGCCACCUGGGCUGGAGCCGCCCAGCGGAGGGCGCCGGCGGAGACGAGGCCGCGCCCUUCGGCCGCCCGCGCCCCCUCGUAAGACCCGGGGUGGCCUGCUGCAGUCGCAGCCCCGCCGCCGGCCGGAGAGCGCGGAGCUGCCGCCGCCCCAGGGCCUCCUUCCCUGGUCCUCCUCGUCGCCUCUGGUACCAGCGCCGCCCCGCCGCGUCGAGGCCUUGUUGCGUGUCCGCUCGGGGUCUCGGGCGGGCGGGGCCGGCGGGGCGGGGCCGCGGCCCUCCCUCCCUCUCGCCUCACCUCCCUCCCUCCUUCCCGCCCUUCCUCCCUCCCUCCGCUGUCGGAGCCCGGCCGAGCCCGGACCCGGCGGGCAUCGCUGCCCCGCCGCCCGCCGCCGCGGACCUGCCAUGGCCUGCGCCCCGGCGCGCGCCCCUGUGACUGGCUUGCACGCGGAACCCUGAGGACUCCCGCGCCCCGCGCGGCCGGGCCCGCGCCCCAGCGUCCCCCGAGCACCGCCUGCCUCCUUCCCUGAGGCGUCGCUGCGGGCCUCCUUGCGGCCGGCCCACCAGAGGGCCAUGGACCCAAGCGGGAUGGAGAUUCCGGUGACCCUCGUCAUCAAAGCUCCGAACCAGAAGUACCGCGACCAGACUGUCAGCUGCUUUCUCAGCUGGACCGUGGGGAAACUAAAAUCGCAUCUCUCCAGCGUGUACCCCAGUAAGCCCUUGACGAAGGACCAGAGAUUGGUGUAUUCUGGCAGGCUGCUUCCUGAUCACCUGCAGCUGAAGGACAUUCUCAGAAAACAAGAUGAGUAUCACAUGGUUCAUCUAGUAUGCACCUCUCGGACUCCUCCCACUUCUCCAAAACCCAGCCCCAACCAAGAAAGUCCGGAAGCACUGGCAUCCAGCAGCAGUUCUAGUUCAGAUCAUUCUGGAUCAACAACACCAUCAUCCUCCAGUCAGGAAACAUUGUCUCUCACUGCUGCUGCUGCCACUGCCAGCUCGCCCCCGGACGGACUGAGGCAGCGCAUCCUUGCACAAGCACAGACUGACCCUGCGCAGAGUCCUCGGUUUCCCUAUGUGAUGCAAGGGAAUGUGGACAACCAGCUUCCGGCGCAGGCUGCUCCGGCGGGGCUCCCGGCCUACCCUGCCUUCAGCCCCCUGCACAUGCUGUGGUGGCACCAGCUGUAUGCGCGCCACUAUUACCUGCACUAUCAAGCUGCAAUUUCCGCUCAGGCCACAUCUAAUGCCAGCCCAGCCCAGCCCACUGCAUUGCAGCCUCUCAACCUGGCCCAUGGUCCUGGAGAAGAGCCCCCACCAGCUGCAAACCUGGGAGCCCAGGACGACCGCCCCAUGAAUGAGAACGUGCAGAUGAAUGCACAGGGCGGUCCUGUGCUGAACGAGGACGACUUCAACCGGGACUGGCUGGACUGGGUGUACACGUUCUCCCGGGCUGCCAUCCUGCUCAGCGUUGUCUACUUCUAUUCUUCCUUUAGCCGUUUCAUCGUGGUCAUGGGCGCCAUGCUGCUGGUUUAUUUACACCAAGCCGGAUGGUUUCCUUUCAGGCAAGAAGGAGGUCAGCAGCAGGCUCCCAAUGACAUCAGAGCCAACGACCAGAGACACAAUGUGAACAAUCUAGAAUUGGAAGAGAUGGAGCGCCUCAUGGACGACGGGCAGGAGGACGAGAGCGGAGAAGAUGGGGGCGAGGAUGGCAACGUGGGGCCGAGGCCUGGGCUUGUGGCCUCAGCCUGGUCGUUCAUCACCACCUUCUUCACCUCGCUGAUCCCAGAGGGGCCGCCCCAGGUCGCCAACUAGAUGAGCAAACGGUGCCAGCCACCAAGGAGGGUCUGAGUUUAGGAAAGCCGUUUAAAUAAGAGUGCAAUUUUAAAACUGGAAACCUUUCUUUCGACCAUCAUGUACACAGGCAUUCUUUUCUUUGAGCUUCUCAAGCAUAUGAAUAUUUUAAGCACAAAUGGACUAGUUAGUGUGUGAUUUUUUUUUUUUUUUAAAGAUCCUAACAGAACAAGCAUAACAGCAUUGGUCUUCCAGGGUGUGGUCCUGUCACUGUGCGAGGUGUGCCCAGACAGAACUCUUGUCUCCUUUCUCUCAAGAGCUGCUCCUAAGUGUCCACAGCUAGGAGCCCAGCCCUGCAAUGUGUAAUUUGAAUAAAUAUAUCUAUUUUCUGUGAAUUACUCCUGAAAGUUUUAAACAGAAUGACCUCAUAGUUUUUAAUAAAGAAUAUUAUUUACCUAAAACGUGCUAGUAGAUCUUGCCCAGCCAUAAAGCAAUAAACUUCUCAAUGAUCUUAAUUUUUGACAUUUGAAUAAAAGAUGGAAACUUGAUAUUUUAUGCACAUGUAUCCCAUUGGUUGGAAUUCAUACCUUGAAAGAAUAAAAGGCAGCUCUUAAGUGGAAUUAACAGUGAUACAAAAAAAAAGUUUGAUACAGGCAACACUUUUAUAAAAUAUGCUGGAAAUCACUCCCUGUAAUUUUUUAAAUAAAAAGUCACAGAUUAUAGUAA